AUGAAAACGUCGAAUGACAACAAUUUAAUAAUUGCAGAACGGUUGUAUAAUUUAGUUGUUUUUUUGCUUGAGGAGCAUAUUGAUUACCUUCGAGGUCAUAAAAUUAAUGGAACACAAAAAGAUGCUAAUAUAAGGAAAGUUAAUCUAGGUAGAUUACCAAAUAGUAAUGUCGUAGAAACAACCUCAGAAAAUGACAAAAUCAGAAAUGAUACUUUUUACAUGAUUCACAAGGAUGGAAGAUUGAAGAGUGCAAGAUUGUUGGAACAAGAAGGAAUAAAGAGAGACAAGGAAGAAGAGGAUAUAGAAUUUAGGGAAAAAAAUUACAAUAAUGAAAAGUUUAUAAUUCUUCUUACAAACGUAGGGAAAGAAAUAUUUAUACAUAGUGAUUUAAUUUUAAAAUUGAAAAUAAAAGAAAAAGAAAAAAAAACAAAUAUUUUAGAAUAUUAUUUCACCAUACAAAAAGAAGAUACCAAAUGUGUAAUAAUAUCGAACAGAAACAAAUUAAUUUAUGCUGUUGUUUUAAUUUGUCCAGGAAAAAAUAAAAAAAAAAACUCCAAAUAUGCUCAUGUAUAUCAUAUACAAGAAUAUGUCAUGAAUAAAUUUAAAGUAAACUUAAACUUUUAUGUCAACUUUAACUUUUCACUUAGGAAGUUCUUAAUGCGUAAAAUUUGCUUCAUAAAUUUUACGCAGAUCAUUUGGGAUUUCCAAUUUUUUAAAAAGAAUAUAUGUAAAAGAGUUAAGUAUAUUGCACAUCUUUCAAAAUGUUUAUGUUUUGUUUUAUCAUAUCAUUUGUUACAUCAGGAUUAUAAACUCUUUCUAGCUGGGUUGAUCAACCGUUCGGACAGAAUCAAAGGGCCAUCUGUGUUUCACAUUGUUGACGAUCAAGUGACUCGGUGGGGUAUUGCUAACGGAAUCAAUUUCUUGGUUAAUGAUGAGUUAGAGCAGGUGUCCCCUUCAGGCAUACAUGACAGAAGUGGUAGCCGUGAAAGUGGCUUAAGCGGAAAAAGUGGUGAAAGGAAUGACAAACGGGGAGACGAGCUGGAAAAGUGGCUCAUGGCAAAGUGCAAAAAAAAAGAGAAACCAUUUUUUAAGCAAAUUUGGUCUAUUUUUUCACUAUUGAAGGAAGAAAAUUCGAAUUUUUUAAAAUUCUAUAACUUGGAAAAUUACACGCGCGUUUUUAUAUACAAUUGUGAGAAACUUAACAGAAAUCAGUUUAUCCAAUUUCUUAAAAAAAUGCCAAACUUCCAUAUCCAUUCAGUAAAUUUAAAUACCUUGUUUGGAUCAUAUUUUAGCCAAACAGAGCAAAAUAUUUUAAACGUUUUUAAAAAAUGUCAACGUAUUUUAAAAAACACAACAAUGAAUCUCUGCCUCAUUAUUGACGGGAUUGAUGUAAUUGCAAACACCUCAUCUAGUGGUGAGAAUGACCUACAUGAACAUCUCCCCUCUUCUUCUUCUUCUUCCUCGCUCACCCAUAGCCUUAAUAUUCAUAUACUUGGGGAACGUGAGGCAAACGACAAUGGAAGAAUUCUCACUACACUUCUGCUAUGUCUUGACAGCAUCGACAACCACACACAGAGGAGGCACGUCCAGCGAAGAUUGUCUUGUCAAAUGGACGAACACGAUGGGGGUGACACUAUACAGAAAGGUGGCAAUAUACACAAGGAUGACACUGUAUGCAAGAGUGCUACUAAUAGAGGAUAUGUCACACGUGGAGAGCGUAACAUGCAUGUUAAUGUAGCUAACCAAGUACAUCCGAAGGGAGGGAAGGAAAGACCUCACAGAUUAGGGAAAGAGUAUUAUGAUGAAAAUUCAGAUAAUUCGGGAAAAAUCAGUUCAACAGAAGAGGAUUUCAAAAAAAGAACCAAAUGUAAAAACCUAUCAGCACAUGUAACAUUUGACUUUAAGAAAUUGGAAAAAAUUUACAAGGAAAGGUACAUUCAAUGCAUGAGAAGAAAAAAAAAAAAAAAUUUAAGUAUCAUAGUUUUAAGUGAUUUGGAUUUGAAAAAAUUUGAUAUUUCUUUAAUCAGAGCAGGGAGAUUUUUUCAUUUCAUAAAAUAUUCUUAA